AUGGCUUCAAGUUAUAGCUUCGUAUUUCUUCAUGUGUUAGUCAUAUUUUGUCUAGCACACACGGCUUUUUCGGAUUUAUCAGAUGAUUUCUACGAUGAUAUUUGUCCCCAAGCUUUACCAACCAUUAGACGGGUUGUUGAGGAUGCAAUCAGCCAAGAGAGGCGUAUGGGCACCUCUUUGCUACGUUUACAUUUUCACGAUUGUUUUGUUAACGGUUGUGACGCUUCAAUUCCUCUUGAUCAAACGGCUACUAUUGAUAGUGAGAAGACUGCUCUUGCUAAUAACAAUUCUGCUAGAGGAUUUGAGGUGAUCGAUAGAAUCAAAUCAGAGGUUGAUAAAGUUUGUGGACGUCCAGUUAUAUCUUGUGCGGACAUAUUGGCUGUUGCAGCUUGUGACUCUGUUGUUGCUUUACAUGGACCAACAUGGGAAGUGGAACUAGGAAGAAGGGAUUCUACUACUGCAAGUAGAACCAUUGCUGACAAUGACAUUCCAACACCGUUCAGGGACUUAUCUACACUUGUCGACAACUUUAAGAAGCAAGGUUUGGAUGAGGAAGACCUCGUUGCUCUCUCCGGUGCCCACACACAUCAAACUAACGUUAGAUUGAUAUACGUUACUCACAGUAGAAUAAAAUGUUAA